AUGACAACCCCGUUGUACGGAUUUACUGGCAAUGAAGUUUUACCGGUGGGGCAAAUCCGGUUGGCCAUCUCGCUAGGAGAGGAGUCGCUGCGGAGGACGUGGACCACAAACUUCAUUGUGGUCGACGCUUCCUCCGCCUACAAUGUGAUAUUGGGGCGACCGACUCUCAAUGAGUUCCGAGCGGUCAUCUCCACCUUUUGUCAAAAGGUCAAGUUUCCCGUGGAAGACGAGGUGGGAGAAGUCCGAGGAGAUCAGCUGGCCGCUCGGCGAUGCUAUUUGGAAAUGAUCCGAGCAGAAUCGAGAUCCGAUCGGAAAGCGCUGCGCCUGGAGGUAAACACCAUAAAUGAAAAGCCUCUGAUUUUAGUUUAUGAGGAAAAAGAGGAAAUGCAGAUCCAGACGAGCCGACCGGAGGCCACCACAUUCGUUGCAUCCGACCUGGAAGCAGGCCGAAAGGAAGAGCUGAUCAAGUGCUUGCGGCUCAAUCACGACGUCUUUGCAUGGUCGGCACAUGAGCUACCGGGCAUCUCGCCUAGCAUCACGCAGCAUGAGCUCCACGUCCGGCCAGACGCACGACCCGUGAAGCAGAGGAAAAGGGACUUUAGUGCCGAACAGAACGUCAUCAUCCGAGCGGAAGUUGAGAAGCUCCUAGAAGUCGGCCAUAUACGGGAGGUGCAAUUCCCGAGAUACCACCAAGACUCGCUCGCCCGAGGAGAUCAAGAGAAAGUGAGCUUCAUCACGGCGGAUGGCACCUACUGCUACAAUGUGAUGUCGUUCGGACUAAAGAACGUCGGUGCCGCAUAUUAG